AUGAUUCAACUUAAGACGAUAUUAAACGUUAUAGACAAUUCUGGUGCUAUUCUUGCAGAAUGUAUUCGUGUGGCACAUGGUGGACGGUAUGGUCGUAUAGGCGAUGUAAUUACGGUUGUAAUUAAAAAGGCUCGUCCAAUCUCAUCAAUCACAGAAAAAUCUUCAAGCGGAUCAGCAGCGAAUCCAGCCACAAAGCUUUUAAUUCGUAAGGGUGAAGUUAAAAAAGCACUCGUUGUACGCACUCGUAAAGAAACAAGAAGACCUGAUGGAAGGUACAUUAAAUUUGAUGAUAAUGCUUGUAUACUUUUGAAUAAUCGUCUAGAACCUUUGGCUACUAGAGUACUUGGUGUUGUAGGAAAUGAGUUGAGGGGUAAGAACGCAAAACGAAUGAUGGGACACAUUAAAACGUCUCUCAAAAGUAACAGAUAUAAUAACCAUGAUAGCAAUUCAUUGGAAAUGGAAAUAGUAAAGGCUUCCGCAAUAGAUAACAUUAUCGAUAUAAGAAUUCAUAAUGGAGCAGAAUACGCGAUGAUUUCAUAUAAAGAUGCAACUAAGCUACCUGAAUGGCGUCCGAUUAGAUGUUUGCGCAACGCUGAAAGCUUAAUAAAUGAAUAUAAAAUCGAGGCGAGUAAAGCUGAGCAACGUCAAGCGGAAAGGAAAGCGCGCGAGGGAGAAUUACAACAGAUAGGUGAACAGAUUAAACCUCAACAAGAUCACGUUAAAGAAAUCAAGGACAUUAAUGCUAUUUACAAAAAUGAAGAGCACAACAAUUCUCAGAAAUCGACUGAAUUUGUAAAGAAACAGAAAACUGCAAAUAUUCAUCCUGUCAUAGGCACCAUAUAUAAAUCUGAUGGCGAAAUGACAGACGUUGAAUAUGUGUUUGAACAAAGAGAUCAAAGAGAUAAACUUUUAAUAGGAAUUGGAGAGUGCUUGUCCGGAAAAUCUGUGUCAAACGUAAAAAUUAAAUAUGCGCUGAAAAAUGAAUGUGUCUCUAAAAACAGUCUCGGAAAUUCAGUAUUGGUUAAGCAUGUUGGUAAAAGAAAGGCAAAGAGUCGUAGCAGAAGAAUGCUUAGACCAGUUGUGAUUUUGAAUGAUGAUAUGGGAUCUUCAGUCACUGAUUUAUCAUCCGAUGAAGAUUCUACCAUUGAUUUUAGUCUUUCAGAUACACCGCCUAUUCAUAGAAAAUAUAAAGAAAGCUCAAAAAAGUUAAAGUCAAUGGAACAUUCUGAGAAAAAAUCCGUCGAGACAACGCAAAAAGAGCCGGGUGUCAAAACAAUCAAAUCUCCGCCACUUAUUCAGCAGCCAUUCCCGGUUGCGCCAUCAUUUAUACCAGACAUUUCAACAGCACAAACAUGUCAAGGUAAGACAAAGAUUACUGAUAACGACCGGCAUAUAGCUAAAAACCAAAAGCUUUACGAAUCUAUAACGCCGCAUACAUCGCGUGCAUCAACUGUAAAUUCCACAAACGAAAUUCAAAUUUACAGUGAUUGUGAACUUCAUUUAAAGCCAACAAUUUUGGAUGUAGAAAAAUCUGGUCGUAUAAAAGUCGAAGAAAACGUUGAGGAUUUCACACAGUUUUUGUCUACUAUUGUAAAUAAAUCUAAUUUAUAUAUGAAAGAUCAGUUACCACAACCUUUUGCUGAAAAAAUAGUCGAUCCUAGUAAUUUUACAAAGCAUUCAAUAUACACAAUGAAUGAUUUAGAAUGUGCGAGUGAUGUUUCACGUAAAAAAAUAGAGAUGGAGUCAAAUAUCAUGAAAUGGAACGAAAUUGCAAGUAUCUUAAUGUUUGAAUAUUUUCACAAUGUUGGUGUUAUUUGGCUUGACAAACAAAAAAAAGCAUGCUUUCUUGUGUUUCCAAAUUCUCAAAGAACUUGUAUUACGCUCAAGAUAUCUCCUCGUCCGAAGGAGAAAUUUAUCAUAAUUCCCAAGGCAAUAAAGGUUGAUGAACCUCUUUCAAUUCAUUCAUAUUAUCGACCAUUGUCUUGCCCAACUGUAAAAGAUGAAAUUGCAUAUCCGAUCAAGAUAGUCACUUGUGCGAACAAAUACAGUGAAUUAGCAGAAAUGUGUAAGACUCGACCAUAUAUUGGAAUAUAUGGUAAUGAAAAAAUAAUUGAAGUCCAAGAAAUGAUAACUGCUGUCAAAGCAUUGGGAGGAAUUCAUGAUAGGGGGUUUGAGAGUAAUAAUAUUAAUUAUGUCUUAGUUCAUGUGGACAAAAUUAAUCAAAUAAACUAUAUACCUCGUCUUAUUGAAUUAAAACAUAUGAAAUGUAAAUUCCUUCAAUUUGGAUGGGACUCAAUGUCUCCCGAUCCAAAGUUCAAAGAGAUUUUUCCACAGGGUGGGAUAGUUACUAUCACACCAAAAGUUCUAUAUUACCGCGAGAUGAAUUAUCUUGAUCGAAUUUGGGCGGUUAAAAAUUUGCAAAAAGUUGCAAAUAAUUCUAUUUGGAAUAUUCACAUUCACCCGAACAUGGUUAAAUACUUGGAAAAUAUCGCUAGCCAGGAAAGAUGCAAAAGGGCUGUGGAGUCCAGCAUUCAUUUGAAAAGUUUGUAUAAUUUAGGGAGGUUUGAUUAUUUUGACGGUAAUGAGUUUUCGAUAUCACAGGACGAUGUAUCUGUCCAUUCUCUAUACAACGUGAUGUUGCGUCUGCACAAGAUUUACUCGGGGUAUUUUCGUCAUUUUGUUAUUGUCCAAGAUGAAUCCGAAAUGAAUGAAUCAAAUAUUCAAAUACCUGGUGUCGAAAGGAUGACUUUUUCAGAAUUUAGAUCGAUAUUUGGAUCGCAGUAA